UCUCCUCUACGAAGGGAAGUACCAAAAGAAACAGAGAGAAGAGGAAAGGAGGAGGAGGAGGAGCAACAAUGGAUGGAGGAGGAGGAGUCAACCCUCUAUCGAGCAUCAACGACACUGAGUUGCAUGAUUUUCUCGUCGACCCGAAUUUCGAUCAGUUCAUCAAUCUCAUCAGCGGCGAUCAAUCCGUCGGCGACUCAGUUUCCGGAUUCGAUUUUGGUGCGAUGAACUCGUGUUUCAUCGAUCAGAAUCAGUUUGGUCCGACACCCGACGACGAGUUGUUCGACGAUUUGCCCGACUUUGAUUCCAACGUCGCCGAUUCACUCCCCAGCUUCGACGGCGAGAGCAUUAAAGCCGGCGAUGAUGAUUACAAUGACUGCGAAGAUUCUUCGUCGACGACGAUGAAUCUGGGCGUGGGUCGCAAGACGAAGACCGACCGGUCGAGGACUUUGAUCUCGGAGAGGCGUAGAAGGGGCCGGAUGAAGGAGAAGCUCUAUGCGUUGAGGUCUCUGGUUCCUAACAUCACUAAGAUGGACAAGGCCUCCAUUGUUGGAGACGCUGCGUUGUAUGUGCAAGAACUGCAAUCCCAAGCCAAGAAACUCAAAUCCGAGAUUGCUGGUCUCGAAGCUUCAUUGAACGCCUCGGAGAGAUACCAAGAAACCAUCCCGAAGGCUCGGAAGAGUCAUGGUGGUUGCGGCCAUACUCUCCCUGUCUGCAAGAAAAUCAUCCAGGUGGAUGUUAUUCAGGUGGGGGAAAAAGGGUUUUAUGUGAGAUUGGUAAGCAACAGAGGAAAAGGUGUUGCUCCAUCUCUGUAUAAAUCUCUGGAAUCUCUUGCAGGUUUUCAUGUUCAGAACUCCAAUCUCUCCUCUACCUCUGCGGACAGAUAUCUUCUAACAUUUACCUUAGAUGGGACAAGUUUUGAACAGAGCUUAAACUUGCCCAACCUGAAGCUGUGGAUAACGGGAUCACUUCUCAACCAAGGAUUUGAAUUUGUCACACCAUUGUCUUCUUGAGUUCUAACUUCAUAUUUUAUGAACGUUUUAAUAAAAUUUACUCUCUUUUUUACC